GCAGUGCAGCUCAGACGUCAUUGUGUGGAAGUGGCUGUGUGCUGUUUAUCUUCACUGCGAAAAUGCCGGAGUUAGCGGUGGAAAAUGUGGUCGUUCAUCCCCUUGUGUUGCUCAGCGUUGUCGAUCAUUUUAACAGGAUAGGAAAGGUUGGAAACCAGAAACGAGUGGUUGGAGUCCUCCUGGGAUCAUGGCAGAAAAAAGUUCUCGACGUCUCAAAUAGUUUUGCAGUGCCAUUUGAUGAGGACGACAGGGACGACUCGGUGUGGUUCCUGGAUCAUGACUACUUGGAGAACAUGUACGGCAUGUUCAAGAAAGUUAACGCCAGAGAAAGAAUAGUCGGAUGGUACCACACAGGGCCCAAGUUACAUAAGAAUGACAUUGCCAUCAAUGAGCUCAUCAAGCAGUACUGUACCAAUUCGGUGUUAGUCAUUAUAGAUGUGAAGCCCAAAGAUCUUGGUCUGCCCACAGAAGCGUACAUCUCUGUGGAGGAAAUACAUGACGAUGGAACUCCAACGUCCAAGACAUUUGAACACGUCACCAGUGAGAUCGGAGCGGAAGAAGCAGAGGAGGUGGGAGUGGAGCACCUGCUGAGAGACAUCAAAGAUACGACAGUGGGCACUCUGUCGCAACGCAUCACAAACCAGGUUCAUGGCCUAAAGGGACUCAACUCAAAGUUACUGGACAUCCGCUCUUACCUGGAGAGGGUGGCCGCAGGCAAACUUCCCAUCAACCACCAGAUCAUCUACCAGCUGCAGGAUGUCUUCAACCUGCUGCCAGAUGUAAAUCUACUGGAGUUCACAAAAGCCUUCUACCUAAAGACCAACGACCAGAUGCUGGUGGUCUACCUGGCCUCGCUCAUACGCUCUGUGGUGGCUCUGCACAACCUGAUCAACAACAAGAUUUCCAACCGAGACGCAGAAAAGAAGGAAGGACAGGAAAAGGAGGAAGGCAAGAAAGAGAAGAAAGACGACAAAGAGAAAAAAGACGAGAAAGACAAGGACAAGGAGAAAGGGGACGGCGCCAAGAAAGAUGAGAAGAAGAAGAAAUGAGUGCUCCUCCUCUGCGGUCUUCUCUCGGAUCACACCGUCUUCAUCUGGAUGGUGCUCUACUUUCUGCCCACAGGCACAGCUCUGUAUGUGGGUCUCAGGCUAAAAGUAGGACUCUAUAUGGGGAAUGGUGUCAUUUGAGAUUUGGCCUCAUGGUCACCAGUGGCACUCAAAGACUGUUAUUAUCGUAUCGAGAUGAUGAUGCUUGAUGUUCUGAACUGUGAGAACGUGUUUAUGCUGUUUCCACAGUUGCCAUGCUCCUGGUGUUGUGUAACACCUGGUAUUCCUUUUUUGUAAGAUUGAGGAAAACGUUUUGUUUCUGUAUCACUCAUUAAAUUGGGAUCAUAUAAGAAA